AUGAGCACCACUUUCUCCUACGCGCAAGCCGCCAAAGGCGCCUCUGGAAGCGUCUCUGGGAGCGCAUCACCCAUCAAGGCCGGCUCAACUGAGUCGGAAAAGCCAGAGCCAAAGACUGAGGAGCAGACCGAGAACAUGGCACCUCAACCCGAGUCUGUGACAACUGCCUCUGAGACAGAAACGCCGCAGGAGCCCGAGACUUCUACGACAAGUGUCGACAACGAUGCCGAGUUUACCACAGUUACCAGCAAGCACGUCCACCGAUCCAGAACCAACAACUCCCGAACUGCAUCUCCGAGUGUCCGGUCAAAUGCUGCUCAAUCAAAGGAAACCGACGGUACCCAGGGCGCGAAUGGAACCGCAUCUUCAUCUGAAAAGCAGGCUCAGUCGGAUGCCAAGGCUGGAAAGUCUGAGACCAACUCUGAGAAGUCCAAGGAGAAAGGAGAGAAGUCAGACAAAGCGGACAAGUCUGAGAAGUCUGAGAAGUCUGAGAAGUCUGAGAAGUCUGAGAAGUCUGAGAAGGCUGAGAAGGCCGAGAAGGCCGCGCCACCCAAGGAGUUGAAAGCUGCUCCCCUUCCCUCUGUCAACAUUUGGCAGCAAAGAAAGGAAGCCCAGGAAGCCAAAGCCAAGAGCACCCCCGCAGUUCCUGCCGUGAAGGCCAAAUCAGAGGAGGCCUCGCACGAUUCCACAAAGUCUGGGAACAAGAAAAAGGCCACUGAUGGUGCUGUGGAGGGCACCAAGGGCAAGAAGUCCGAUGGCAAGGGACGUGAUGAGGGUAUUCCUCCCGUUGCAGAUGCCUCUUCGUGGCCCACCCCACAGACUGCUCUCGGCGAGGAAAAGAAGAAGGCACAGGAGAAGACCGAGAAGCCUGAGCGAACCGACAAGAGCCCCGUCGCCCGCUCUCAUGGCAAGGAGAAAUGGAUGCCCGUCAAUUACGUCCCCACCGCAGUGUUCAACACCCCUCUCCCAACGCCAUCCGGCCGCGGCGGCCGCCGAACUGCCCGAGGAGGACCGUCUGGCCAGGCUGCUGCAACCACUACUGGAAAGCAGGGCUCAGGAGAGCGCGGCCGGAACGACAACGGAAGCGCUCGUGCUACGUCUCUGCCCGCGCAAGCCCGGCGCUCCACUAGCGCUGAUGUUAGCAACCAGGAUGCGCGGAAAGCUCAAAAUACCGAUCGCGGCCGUGGACCCCGUACUACCGAGGAGGGCGCGGUCAAUGGCAAGUCGAUGAAUGGCGGUGAACAUGUACCACGUUUCGUGCGCGACGGCAAGCAGUUCUCCAAGAACCAGGAGGGUCGAGCUGGUGAUCGUGUGUCCAAGGGAGCUCAGAUGGCUAUCGACUCCCAGGUCGCAACUCGAUUCCACGACCGCCGCGUUGAGUCUGGCCCCAAGUCUGCGGACGCGAAUCGGGAUGCCUCCGGUUCUCAUGAAUUUAACCGUGAACGUGGUGAGGUCCGCGCGGACCGAGGAGGUCGUCACGCCAACAACCGUGGUCGCGGACCGUACUCCAGCUUCAACCCCAACCAUCAGUUUGGUAUGGCCAACACCUUUGUGCCCGGCAAGCUUGGCUUCAACGACCGCCAGCGAUCCCAGCAGCACCCCGUGCAAAAUGGCCAACCACAAAACAACCGCAUGCCCCUGCGAUCUCCCUCAUUGCCGGCAUCGGGCGCUAUGUACAACCCCGUGUACGCCUACCCCACUGAAAUCAAUACCAUGUAUCCCUCUUUCUCCAACGUCGCGCCCGGACCAAUGAGUGCCGUCCCUUACCAGCAGUACAUGGAGCCUUUUGGCCUCAUGACCAUGCUGUCGAUGCAGCUGGAGUACUACUUCUCGGUUGACAACAUGUGCAAGGACAUGUUCUUGCGCCGCCACAUGGACUCGCAAGGAUUUGUCCCCUUGGGCGUGAUUGCCAGUUUCAAGCGCGUCAAGUCCUUGACCGAGGACUUUGAGAUGCUCCGUCACGUCUCGCGGGGUCUUCGAAACGUGGACUACCAGAUCGGCGAGGACGGUGUGGACCGCCUCCGACCCAAGGAGAAGUGGGCUCAGUGGGUGCUUCCCGUCGAUCAGCGGGAUCCCUCCGCCCAGCACGAAGGUGCCCCUGCGGUUCACCUGUCCGCCAACCAGGACGAAAACAACGCCAUGUCAAAUCAUCUCGAGACCGCUCCCAACGGCUCAAUGCAUCCCGGAUCUCGUCCCUUCGUUCCCAAUGGCACCGCAAGCGCCCUUCCCGAGCCUCGAACGUCACUUUCAUCGGCCGCGCCGGAGUUCCAGCCGUCUCAAAAUGAAGUUACCAACGUAGGACAUCCCCCGACCCGUCAUCCUCGCACGGAAACUACCCCCCAAGCUGAAGACCCCUGUUCAGCUCCCAAGGAAACCCCUGAUAUUGACGCCUCUCUAGCGUGCGGACUAAACUCGCAAACCACCGAAUCGAUCCACUCCUCCUCUGGGAUGCAGUGGUGCCCCGUCAGUUAUGAACAAGACCACGAUCGAGGAUCGCUGUUCAGUUCUCAUGCGAAUCUCACCAUACGACGUCCGAAACGACAGGAUCGACUGUCCAGUCAAAGAUACCCUAUCUCCAAAAGUUUCACUUUUUCUUCUCCUUCUUCCACCCAUUACCCAAGUCAGGCUGCCCUGGAUUGGUCCACAAUCAGCACCGAUGCUCAGCGUGGCAUUCCCUAUCGUUUCUGGUCCAUGGCCCUCCUCCGCAACUUCGAUUCACGACUCUACAAUGAAUUUAGACGAUCAGCCCUUGAUGAUCUUCUAACACGACAUUCUGAUUAUGGAUUCACUACACUGUUGAGUUUCUACCAAGCUUCCAUCAGCAGUCCCAGUCCUUCCCCAGCAGAAGUGUUGACCGACCUGGUUUACCUGUCCUGUGAUCAAACAACACGCCUCAGCGCUGAGCUUACUGAUAUCCUGAAUUCGGCCAUGACGGGUGGCCUGAUGGAAGACACGAAUCGUCGCAUGAUCGACUCGCUCUAUCAUGGGGUCUAUGACCAGAGACUGGGGGCUUAG